AUCGGUAUUGUCUAAUGAAUACAGACCACAACUCUUCUGCAUGAAUUCUCCUCUCACACAGAGAAUGUGCGAACCAGAAACACAACACAACACAGACACAAGAAAUCAAGAAAAAAAGACUUUGUUAAUCUUGAUUUUGUUCAUCUUAGUUUUUUUAUUAACUUGCGACGCAAGGAAGGCGAUGGCUGAAGUGCCCGGCUCCAUUGGAACAAGUUCAAGCCUCUCGUUGAGGUUGGGACAAACGCUGUUGUCAGCAGGUUCGAUCUUGUUCAUGGGCAUUGAUCUACGCUUCUACCGCUACACCGCUUUCCGCUAUUUGGUAAUGAUCAUGGCUUUGGCAGUACCGUGGAGUUUGGCUUUAGCAGUUGUAGAUGUUUACUAUCUUCUUCAGAAGAAUAAAGAUCUCCGAAAUCCACAGGAUCAUUCUCACGAUUUCCGUAGCAGACUGGGGGCGGCGACAUCCACAGCCGGCGUCGUUGAUUUUAUUCGAUCAGAGAAAACGAUUUUCGCCGGAAGAAUCUGCAAUAGAUAUCAGUUCUCAGCCACAUUAGCAUUCCUGACUCGGAUUACGGUGUAUGACCAGGAGUUCUGGGCCUGACAACCUAGUACCUCUUCACCCUGAAAUCGAGAACUCUACUAAGCGCAAUCGAAAGAAGAAACGACAACAAAGAAAGAUGGAGGAACGUGCUAUAGUUGCUGAGAACAACAAUGACACUUAU